AUGCCGACGCCGAGCGAGGCGAGGGGAGGGCGAAAGCCCUCUCCGUCCCGCUCGCCGAGGGCGCAGCGAUCCCCCCGCCUAGUUCCCACCACGGGCUCCACCACGGGCUCGAACACGGGCUCGAACACGGGCUCGAACACGGGCUCGAACACGGGAACGACGCCACCGCUCGAUUCAGCUUCAGCGUCGUGUUCAGCGGGGACAAGCGUCACGAGCACGAUCUCGGGCUCCCCCCGACGCUUCUGGUCCUGGGGCGAACCCGUCACGCCGCGUCUUGAGGCGACAGAAGAUGAGGAGUGGGAGUACGUCGAUGUCGAGGAUGGCAUGGUUGGCGAGCUUGAGCUGGAAGUUGUCAAGGACGUGGCGAGUGGGUUGGGGCAGGGGCUGGCCUAUGCCGAGGUCGUGAGGCAGUGA